AAUGGCGAUUACAACAAGCCAAUCCCAGCUCAAUACAUGGAGAAUCUAAACCACGUCAUUUCUGGGGCAGGGGCCUUCUACGAUCCCACCAAGCCUCAGCAGUGGGUCAGCAGCCAAGUUCUCCUUUGUAAGAAGUGUAACAACCACCAGACGAUGAAGAUCAAGCAACUGGCGUCCUUCACGCCCCGUGAAGAGGGCAAAUAUGAUGAAGAAAUCGAAGUAUACAAACACCACUUGGAGCAGACCUACAAACUCUGCCGGCCGUGCCAAGCCGCCGUCGAAUAUUAUAUCAAGCAUCAGAACCGCCAGCUUCGAGCUCUUCUCCUCCGGCACCAUUUCAACAACCGGAAAAGCGACAAGACUUACAUGCAG